UUUCAGUUCCCUUAGUGUCUGUGGUCCUUAAGACACUAAUAGUAUACUUUUGCAGUGGCCAGCAACGCUCCCGACGUGGGCCCGUGGUGUUCACUUCACUGUUGAUGGAAGGAAGAGGGCGUCUGCUAAAGUUUCAGAAUCGAUUUCUACUCAGUACCCAGUGGUGGAUCAUGAAUUUGAUGCAGUGGUGGUAGGUGCUGGCGGGGCAGGCUUGCGAGCCGCAUUUGGCCUUUCUGAGGCAGGGUUUAAUACCGCAUGCCUUACGAAGCUCUUUCCUACCCGGUCACACACUGUCGCAGCACAGGGGGGAAUCAAUGCUGCGCUGGGGAACAUGGAGGAGGACAAUUGGAGGUGGCAUUUCUACGACACUGUGAAGGGCUCUGACUGGCUGGGGGACCAGGAUGCCAUCCAUUACAUGACGGAGCAGGCCCCUGCCUCCGUGGUCGAGCUAGAGAAUUACGGCAUGCCAUUUAGCAGAACAGAAGAUGGAAGGAUUUAUCAGCGUGCAUUUGGUGGACAGAGUCUCAAGUUUGGGAAAGGUGGGCAGGCCCAUCGGUGCUGCUGCGUAGCUGAUCGGACCGGCCACUCACUCCUGCACACCUUAUAUGGAAGGUCUUUGCGCUACGACACCAGCUACUUUGUGGAGUACUUUGCCCUGGACCUCCUGAUGGAGAGCGGGGAGUGCCGUGGAGUCAUCGCACUAUGCAUAGAGGAUGGAUCCAUACAUCGCAUUCGUGCGAAGAACACUGUCAUUGCCACUGGGGGUUACGGGCGGACCUACUUCAGCUGCACGUCUGCCCACACGAGCACUGGGGAUGGUACGGCCAUGAUCACCAGGGCUGGUCUUCCCUGCCAGGACUUGGAGUUUGUGCAGUUCCACCCCACAGGCAUAUAUGGCGCUGGCUGUCUCAUUACUGAAGGAUGCCGGGGAGAGGGAGGCAUCCUCAUUAACAGUCAGGGCGAGAGGUUCAUGGAGAGGUACGCCCCUGUCGCGAAGGACCUGGCAUCCAGGGACGUGGUGUCUCGGUCCAUGACUCUGGAGAUCCGUGAAGGAAGAGGCUGUGGCCCCGAGAAGGACCACGUCUACCUGCAGUUGCACCAUCUGCCCCCUGAGCAGCUGGCCAUGCGCUUGCCUGGCAUUUCAGAGACAGCCAUGAUCUUCGCCGGUGUGGAUGUCACCAAGGAGCCAAUUCCUGUACUCCCUACUGUGCAUUACAACAUGGGUGGGAUUCCCACCAACUACAAGGGACAGGUGCUGAAACAUGUGAAUGGCCAGGAUCAGAUUGUGCCCGGCCUGUAUGCCUGUGGGGAGGCUGCCUGCGCCUCAGUGCACGGCGCCAACCGGCUUGGGGCAAACUCCCUCUUGGACCUGGUGGUCUUUGGCCGGGCCUGUGCCCUGAGCAUCGCACAGUCUUGUAGGCCUGGAGAUAAAGUUCCUCCAAUCAAACCAAAUGCUGGGGAAGAAUCUGUCUCAAAUCUAGACAGGUUGAGAUUUGCUGACGGGAGCAUAAGAACCUCGGAGCUGCGCCUUAGCAUGCAGAAGUCCAUGCAGAGUCAUGCUGCAGUGUUCCGUGUGGGAAGCGUGUUGCAGGAAGGCUGUGAGAAGAUCAGCCAGCUUUACGGAGACCUGAAGCACUUGAAGACAUUUGACAGGGGAGUGGUCUGGAACACGGAUCUGGUGGAGACGCUAGAGCUGCAGAACCUGAUGCUGUGCGCUCUGCAGACCAUCUAUGGGGCAGAGGCACGGAAGGAGUCACGUGGUGCUCAUGCCAGGGAAGAUUACAAGGUGCGGAUUGAUGAAUAUGAUUACUCCAAGCCCAUUGAGGGGCAGCAGAAGAAGCCAUUCGGGGAGCAUUGGAGGAAGCACACUCUUUCAUACGUGGAUGUCAAGACUGGAAAGGUCACUCUGGAGUACAGACCUGUCAUCGACAAGACUUUGAAUGAGGCUGACUGCGCCACUGUUCCCCCUGCCAUUCGCUCCUACUGACUGAACCUAGGGUCGCAGAGGUGGCUUCUGUCGCCAUGUGUCACAGCUUGCGCAGCUGCUCCUAUUGAACCUGUCUCGGUAGAUGGUAGAGUCUGUGCUCAUGAACAAGCAAUACGCUUCGCAGAUGUCAUCAGUCCCCUGGCUAGCAGCUUGUAAGGACUCAGCAUGAGGGACAGCUCUGCCUGUCUUUAUCCCUUGCUUUAUCAUCCUGGGCACAAUCAAAACAAAAUGAGCAACCCUUCUUUAUAUUUCCAAACCCAUUUAAAACCUGUACUGUUUGACUGUAGGCAUAUGUAAUUUAGCAAAUGUAAUUAUCUUAUUAUUCUGUCACAUCAAAAUCCAGAAAUUCUGUUGUGUAUUUUUAAGUAAAGAAGAAUUUUCAUUCCUGACAGUAAAGAAAGAGAACUUCUCCUUGUUCUUGUCCAGUAGUUCAGGAGGUGAACUUCUGAAGAACUGGAGCGACUAAACCCUGAAUGAGACUGAUGGAGUAAAUGGGUUUCCUUUUAAGUCUGUUCUCUUUAAAGGUACAACUCAUUUUAAAUAUGAAUCCAUUAUUUAUAAAAUUCUUCCCUAAAAAGUUA